UCUCAAGGUUCCAGACAUCGCGCUGCUUCCUCGUCACGACCACACCUCUCUCGUGCCUCCGCCUCUCCUUGUGUGUGUGACCACCAUGUCUUGGCUGCCGCUGCUGUUGUGCCUCUCGUCUGCGCUGCUCAUCGGCUCCUCCUGGGCUGACCAAGGCGUUGACUACGGCAAUGAGCAGAUCACUGCCGAACCUGAAGAAGACGCCGCAGAAGGUCGCUUAUGCACCACCUGCGGCAAAGUGGCAACGUACAGCAUCGACAGCCACGGCAGCCACAGCAGCCAUGGCACCGGCGGCUAUGGCACCCAUGGGUCAACAACUUCCCUUGACAGCGUGGACCUGUCUUCAUUAAUGGGAAUGUCAACCAUCGCCAGCUCCCUUCUCUCCAAGGGCAGCGGCCUGUCCUUCGGCAUGUUCGCGCUGCCCAUCCUCGGCGUGAACAUCGCCAUCCUGGUCAUCCUCGGCAUCCUCCUCUACCACGUGAAGAAACUCACCUAUUACGGAGACACUGGCACCGGGGACGUGUACCACUACGCUGCCUACCCUGCGGGACACUCCACCUAUCAGUCCUAUGACUCCGGCUACCACAGGAGGUCCACUGAAGAGGGAAGAGGCAUGGAAUCACCUUCCACGUUCCAGGUGUUCACCCAGAUGGUCUUUGACGCCAUUGAGAAGUACGGUGAAAUGGAGACGGAGACGGAGACGGAGACGAAAUAAGGUGAAGCAGCGACAGGGUGCGGCUACCAGCUGGAGGCAACACGGAGGAAGACUGUCAACUCAUUUCAGGAUCUUGAAGCGAUCGAAGUCGCUUCUCAAAGAGGUAAGCACACAAAACCUGUUCUCACAGCACGACAGAAUGACGACUCAGGACUGACACAAGAAGAAAGGAGAGCUUCCCCCAGCUCCACUUUGACGCUGACAAAACGUUCACGCAAACCCUCGCCAAGUUCAAGGAGGCGGCGAGGGUGACGCCCACUGUCUCGAGUGCGACAGCCCGAGACUUCCUAAAAAAUAUUCUGGUCAAUAAACAUUAUGUAGAUACGACUUCAAGACACACACGCCCUGACUGCACACUACUCAGGAUACGAGGAAACAUCCGAGGGACGACUCAUCACAUCUCGCGACGACUUCUGAUCGGUCCACACUGCAGCGGCUCAUUUGCUGACGGACCACAACUUGUGACGACUAUACUACGACUGACGACAGACGAGUGACACCCAUCCACCCACCCACCCAUCCAGGCAUUAGCCUUACUUCCUCCGCUACAGAGGUUCCCCAGUCAGAAAUCCUCUAAGCCUGUGCUUGAAUGCUUCAAUAACGAGGAAGAUGAGCACACACCUUCCCACCACACUCACCUGACCUCACCACACGUCGUCCCUCUUGUCAUAACCCACGACGAUCUCAGUCCCGCCCACCCUGACGUGCUACCUGCGUCCCAGGGAGUGUUAAGGGAUACCGCCAUGCAUUUUCUUCCUUUCUCCAUCAUUCAUUCACCUUGAGUUCUUCUCUUUACAUGACGUAAGAAGCUCCUCCCAUCAAUGCCAUAGUAACUCAGAGACUGCCAAUUGUAUUAAGUUUGAGGUCUUUUAGGCUGAUGCCACGCCUCCGUACCAUAUUCCUUGUGUCCUCCUGACUAACUGACGCCACGACAGAUUGACUAAGACUAACAGAUGACGCGGACCAAAGGAGCUCAGGGACAACUAUCCAGGAACUAUCCCCACGUACUACUCUCUGACCGGACACACUCUCAACACAUGCAUGAUAAACAGUUGCCUCCUGAUAGUGAUGUCAUAUUCUGGGAACUUUUUGAAAUUGUAGUAUUAGUGACUUACCCUUUCAUCUUUUACAUCCGUCGUUUUCUUUUUGCCAAUUAACAUAUAGCAAUCUUUCACUUAAAUUGUUUCCUGUAUAGUUAUGAUUUCUUUUCUAUUAUUUGAGUCAGAGUUUGUAUAUUUCUGAGCCGUUCCAAAGGCUUUUCCUACGAGAAUUACUGAACUAUCCAAUUAACUCACAUGUUAAUUUCAGUUUCGUUUGUAGACAAUGUUCUCUGGACCUUAUAACGUCACUACCCGAGGCAACUGUGAAUAAUAAUACAUAAUCUUCCCAGUAUUCUAGUGUUGCACGCCAUAUUUUCUCACAGAUCUGCAGCCAAUAAUAUUUUUAGAUGCCACCUCCCUAUGAAGGAUCUAUGUAACUUCAUUCCAUCUCUAUCCAUUUCUGUCUGUCUGUCUGUCUAUUUCCUUCCUCUUUCCUUUCUUUUCCUCUUCCUCUUCAUCUUCAUUCUGACAUUCACCUUCACCUUAAUCUUCCUCCUUCAUCUUCACCUUCCUUCCCUUCUUUCUUCCCCUUCACCUCGCCUCGCCUCCCUCACCUUCCGCCUCCUGCUAAAUCAUGAUCCUCUCAAUCCAAUGCCCUUCAGGUUCACUUUGGUCGAAGCUUCGCUGGUAACUUGUUCAGCUUCCUUUUCCUUGAUUUGAGAGAAAACUGAAGUUAUCAAUCUAUUUAAAAAAAAAGAAUUUAAACUUGUCUUUUUUUGGCUCCUUCAUCUUCUCCCUCUUGUCUCCUUUAGCUUAAGUUAAUUUUUCUUGUUCAGCUUCUUUUUUUCUUGAUUUGCGAGAAGAUUGAAGUUAUCAGUUAUUAUUUCUCUUUUAGGUGAAUUGUUCCAUUGGUCUUUAUAAGUUUAGAGUAUUAAGUGCAGUUGUUUAUGUUAUAAGGAUUAAGCUCUCCGCUGGCGGAGUGAUGUUAUUUAUUACCAUUUAUUUAUUCUUUGUAAGUAAUAAAUUAUUUCCCCAAACAAUAUGA